AUGCGUGAUGCUGAAACCGCUAACACUCACGGGUCUGGCCAUGUUCAUGUUCGCACACGCCUGCACCCAAAAUACCCCGUGCAAGACUCCAGUGUCGCAAAACUCCGGCCACAUAACACUACCGAGACCCUAAGCACCGAAAUCCGGUCCCGUCUUACGACUCUAGCCGACGGCGACGACAGCAGCAAGGGGUCCGUACUAAAGACAUCCGUCCAUGGAUCAGCUAAGAAAAUUCUUGGAGUCUUGGACCCGAAGUGA